ACCACGAGUUCCCUCCUCACCACGUCAAAACUUCGCGCCUUUAUAUAUCUACUCGCUCUCUCUGAUUUCCUCCUCAUUUCCAAAUUUGAAUAAUCUCAAAUCUCUCUCUCUCUAAACAUGGUUGUUGCUCAGAGAGUGAAGGAAUCGGAGAUCACCGAGCAGGACUCGCUUCUUCUGACGAGGAACCUGCUACGCAUAGCAAUUUUCAAUAUUAGUUACAUUAGAGGCCUUUUUCCUGAGAAGUAUUUCAAUGACAAGUCUGUUCCCGCCUUGGAAAUAAAGAUCAAGAAGCUUAUGCCAAUGGAUGCGGAGUCACGGAGACUGAUUGAUUGGAUGGAGAAAGGUGUUUACGAUGCACUGCAGAAGAAAUACCUCAAAACACUGCUGUUCUCUGUUUGCGAAGCAGUAGAAGGUCCAAUGAUUGAGGAAUAUGCAUUUUCUUUCAGUUACUCGAGUUCUGAUAGCCAAGAGGUUUCAAUGAAUAUCAAACGCAACGGAGACAAGAAGCAGGGAGGAACAUUCAAGUAUAACUCCAAAACAGAAGUCACUCCUAAUCAGAUGAGGAGUUCUGCUUGCAAAAUGGUCCGCACACUUAUUCAAUUGAUGAGAACACUGGAUAGAAUGCCAGAAGAGCGCACUAUUUUGAUGAAACUCCUAUAUUACGAUGAUGUCACGCCUGUCGAUUACGAGCCUCCAUUCUUCAGAGGCUGCACUGAACAAGAGGCUUAUAAUCCAUGGAAUAAAAAUCCUCUGAAAAUGGAGGUUGGGAAUGUUAACAGCAAGCAUUUUGUAUUGGCUCUCAAGGUUAAGAGCGUGCUUGAUCCUUGUGAGGAUGAAAAUGAUGACAUUCAAGAUGAUGAGGUGAGCUUGGGAGCUGAUUCUGUACAAAGGGACGAGUACUCGGAAUCUGACAGUGAGGUUAGUCACUCGCAAGGUGACAGAUACGUGGUUGCACCAAUAGAUAAGCAGCAGGCUGAUGAAAUGGUUGAGGAAGAUGAUACUCAAGAUCCAGAGGAAGAUGAACAACAAGUAGGGCGGGUAAAAGACUGGAUCAACUGUUAUCACCUUGACACUGUUGAGCUCACUCAUGUUCUCUCAAAUUUCCCUGACAUCUCACUGGUACUAAUAGAAGAGAUUAUUGACAAGCUAGUCAAGGAAGGUACAUUGUCUAAAGCUGGAACAGACUGUUACACCAUUAUGAAGCAAAAGAACCUUGACUAUGAAUUUGAUGCUGUAAAAGAAGAAAUGGAUGGCCAAGUUGUCUCAAAUGGCAAGAAUGCUCAGCAGGAUGCGGGUGAAGAUCACAUGUACAUGAAGGCUUUGUAUCAUGCUCUUCCAAUGAACUAUGUGACAACUGCAAAGCUUCAGAACAAGCUGGAUGGAAAAAUCAACCAGGCUACUGUCCGCAAGCUGAUUGACAAAAUGACUCGCGAAGGGUUUCUAGAUGCCAAAAGCAAUGGGAGGCUAGGCAAACGUGUGAUCCAUUCCGAUCUAACUGAGAAAAAGCUAAAGGAAGUCAAGAAAACUUUGGACAUUGAUUCCAUGGAUGUGGAUUUUAUCGAAUCACAGAUGUCCAAAGGCAUUGGAUUUCAGAAAAUGGGGAUCAACCACAGGGACAUGUCCACCUGCGGUGCUCUUCACUCCAUUGGAUCAGAUCUCACACGCACAAGAGGUAGAUCUAAAGCACAUCAAAAUGGUUCUAUCAGAAGUGAGCAGACUGUGACAAGGGGCCACGGAAACACUCCCACAAGCAGGGCUGAGCCAGUAGCUUCAAGAGAGAGUUUUGCAGCGGGGAAUGAGAAUGGCAGAACAAAUGGAAAUGGCAAUCAGUUUGAUGAGUUUGAUGCUGUUAUCUGCAGUAGGUCCAGCCAGGACAAGCGGUCCAGGAAAGCAAGCACGGUUAAAGAGCCAAUCUUUCAGCACCAGAAGCGCCAGAGGUCUCUAGGUAUCUGAAAAGCUUUGGAGUAAUAUUCCUGAAUGCUCAUUCAAUUUGGAUUCCACUUGUUCUUGUUGAAUGUGUUAGAAACUCUUUCUGUGAUUCUUUCAAUUAUAGUAACUUCCACGAAUCAUGACCAUUCACAUUCCUGUAUCGAUCAUGGGAAAUACAGUUCUUGAUAUUGAGAUUGGGGCUACCGGCUACGGUUUAUGAUA